AUGUCUCCUGCUCCCAACAAUCAGGAUGUCGCUCCCGCUACGUCGCACCCAAAGCUCCCGAUAACGCUACUGUCCGGCUUUUGGGGGGCAGGCAAGACAACGUUGUUGCGGCACGUUUUGCAGACCCAACAUGACCAAAAAGCAAAGUUCCGAUGCGCGGUUAUCGUGAACGAUAUGGCCGAGCUGAACAUUGACAAGACGCUCAUUGAAGAAUCGGGUGCCCUCGUCCAAAGUGAUGAUCAAGUGAUUUCCAUGAAAAAAUUGAUGCGUCUGUUGUAA